CGUUAGACAUUACUAUCAUUUAUUGCGCCAUCCUCUCGCCGGAAAUAGGUCUGCAAUUUUCUGGGCGUUUCCAUGGUGACAUCAGCAGGCCCCUGUGUGACAUGUCCAGUUUAGCUCCCGCAAAUCAACCCGAGACAGAAAGUAGAACGGCACACAAAACGACCUACCGGAGCGCAGAACAGAUCUCAGCUUCCUGUUCCAUCAUGAAUGUGUUUGAUCGCAACAUCAACUUUGACGCCCUCUUCAAGUUCUCCCAAAUAUCUCAUUCCACCCAGGUGCACUUGAAGAAUGUGUAUUCCAGCUUGGCUGUGUGUAUGUUUCUGGCUGCAGCUGGCUCCUAUGUCCAUGUGGUCACCCGCCUCUUCCAGGGAGGAAUGCUGUCUGCUCUGGGAUCUCUGGGAAUGAUGAUCUGGCUCGCCAUGACACCACACAACCCACAGACAGAGAAGAAGAGGCUGGCUAUCCUCGCUGGAUUCGCCUUCCUUACUGGUGUUGGCCUUGGGCCCACCAUGGACUUUGUCAUCGCAGUCAAUCCAAGCAUCAUUUUGACAGCAUUCUUGGGAACCUCUGUUAUUUUCAUUUGCUUCACUCUCAGCGCCCUCUAUGCCAAGCGCAGGAGCUACCUGUUCCUCGGAGGCAUGUUGAUGUCAGGCCUGUCCAUCCUCUUCCUGAUGUCGCUCAUGAACAUGUUCUUUGGAUCUGUGAUGCUCUUGAAGGCUCACAUGUACCUGGGCCUGCUCAUCAUGUGUGGAUUCGUCCUGUUUGACACUCAGCUCAUCAUCGAGAAGGCCGAGAAUGGAGACAAGGACUAUGUCUGGCACUGUGUGGACUUGUUCCUCGACUUCAUCACCAUCUUCAGGAAACUGAUGGUCAUCCUUGCCAUGAACGACAAGGAUAAGAAGAAGGAAAAGAAGUAGACGAUUGUUGGCUGGAAAAGCAAGCCAACCUGUCAAAGACGGCACAGUUUGCAACACACGAUGCUUUUGUCUUCGUUUCUUUAACUAACUCCUGUGGUCUUAUCUGAUUUAAAAUAAUUUCAUCUUUUUCACCUUCCAAGGGUUUUGAAUGUUUGUCCAUGUAUACUCAUGUUAGUCCUGUGAGGUGGCUGUGAGCAGGGAGUAAACUUAGUGCUGCAGUGAACAUGCUUGGCCUGUAGAGGGGAGCGUUGUGUCGUCCAACCUCCCCUCGUGGAGUGUUGUGUGAAGAUUUUCAUCAUUCUUAUUGUUUAGUGCCAUGACGUUAUGAUAGGCUCCUUUUAGCCAGGUCAUGUAAGCUUCUGAUAGUGAAAAUCGUUUAAGUUGAAGUCAAAUAAUUACAUCCACCGAUUUGCUUUAUUUAUGAUUUUAUGAUUUAUGCGUGUCACAACACAGUGACACCAGAUUCCUUCACAAAUAAGUAAUGUUUUGAAUGACCUCAACCAGGACACAGCAGAGUUUAAGAUAUUUUCUUUUACAUCGCUUAUUAAGGGGUGAGUCGACGUUAUCUUUUCAACUCUGACAAAUGAUAAACGGGAAAGCUUUUCUUUCCCUACUGUAAAUUCCAGAAAAAUCUGUUAGUUUGCCAAAUUAGGUGAUGCUAUCAUAACAUUUUUGAGUGUAUACUGUGAAGAAUUUAUUUUGUUGAUGUAAAAUGUAAACUAAUAAUUUGAUACAUUUGCUCAAAUAAAUGUUGAAUGCAAAAA